CCUGCCGUCGCGCCUGCUGUCGAGCGGUCCCCGUGCAGGAUGGCAACCUCAGGACACGAAGCUCAAAAGGCGAAUGACCAGCCAUCUAUGAAUCUUGAAGAUUGUUUGCCACCUCUGUCCAAUCAUUUCGGGGGGCCUUCACAGCAUACCUAUAUUUUAGACAAGACCGCAACUUUACCUACACCAAUGAAGAAGAGGGUUGAGGAGAAAGUCGAAGAAAUUCAGUCUAAUUUUCCAAUCAACUCCCUCUGUUCGGAAUUACUUGUCUCGAAUAUGGAUGUAUCUAGAACUAAAAUACAUCUAGAUACAUCCAUAUCCGAGACAAGUAAUUCCGAACAGAGGGAGUAUGUUAAGAAAAUGACCAAAACCUCUAUUGAAGGCACCAAGAGCAGUAAUAGAGGAAGACGGACAUGUCCUGUCGUGACCUUUUCGAACAAAUUUGCUUCGGCAUGGCAAGAAAUCACAAAUUGUCCUUCAGGUAGAGGGCAAAACGAAGACAUGGCCUACCAACUUCAAAGUUGAAGGUGUGGGACGUCCUGACAAAAAGAGUUGGAUUUACAGCGGGUGGAAGGAGUUUGUUAAGGACAUUGACAUGAACGUAGAGGAUGUGUGUCUCUUUGAAUUGAAAGAGAAGAAAGGUCAGAUGUUGAUAGUCCAUCUGAUUCGGCCAGAGGUGUAGCUCACACAUUCAGAUUUGUGUUUUCUUAUUCAUGUAUGGUUUGUAUUUUUUUAUUUUUUUUAUGUAUGGUUCAUCUACAUGACUUUGUGAUCCAUGCUCUACUAUGCAUUUGAGCUGAAUGAA